GUCGCUUGCAUGGAAACGACUUGACACAUGGAACGCGGACAGUGUCUUGUAACAUUCUGAAGUCUAAAAUUAGGGAGGCACCCCAACAGCAAAUGACGCCAGAGGACUAAAGUGGAGCGUCUCCUCGUCUCUGCGUGUCAAUGACAGGACUGAGGACCAUGGAAACGCUCCCUACAACUUUGCUGUUGUUGAUGACACGGAAGGUAUUUUUAGAUAUUGUUGUCAUCUCUCAGUAACAGCCCCGGUAUAAAGGACUCCUUCAAAAUGCAUCUGUACAACAGUGUGCUCACACACUACCCGAGGUCGUCUCGCAAAGUUACAAUAACUUUAUCGGCCGCUGCUGAGCGUCCGAACGGGACUACACCGAGUUCCCCUGAGGCCGAUAAGAAGGGACUUCCACACCCAGGAACUACUUCAACCACCAACGGGGAUCCGGAGAGAGAGUCUGCUGCUUCUUCUUCCGCAAACAUGCCUGCCUUUUCAUGUUAUGAAGCUUCUUCUAUGAGGCCGAUUUACUUCACAUCGACUGCUGAGAUAUUAAUCCGCCGACCUGAUGGAGUGGAGAGGUCUGUGCCAAUCCAUAUCGUAAGGGAGUCCAAGACCAAACCCCCCUCUCCUGACUCUAUCAGUAAUGGUGAGAGUAUCCUCUAUAAUGACUGUGACUCUGAUGUGAUUGUGGACUUGAUAGAUCAUAUAAGAAACGGGGCAGAUGACUGCCAAGAGCUGGUUGGAGAUCACUUUUUCAACAGCAGCAACAUCUGUAGACCCAGAACAGAAGAAAACAAAAGGAUUGUUGGGAGUUCAAGUGAGGAUGAUACAGUGUCAGAGAGUCAUCCCUCCUUCAGGAGCAAUGGAUGGUCCUCAUUAAAUGAAGAGGAGAUACCUCCCUCUAGGGCAGCUCACCAUGAAGACCCUUUAAAGGAGGAUUUUAUUGCCAAAGCUGCUCCAGAACCCGAGGAGAGACGGUCCUUUGAGCUCAGCGUUUUACAGGAGUCACCACAACAGAGAAGGCAAGAAAAAGAGGACAUCAACGAUAAGGUUACCAGGUACCUGGCUGAGGUGGAGAAACAGAACAAGUACCUUCAGGAAAGACACAAAUUCAGGUACCACGUCAUUCCAGAUGGAAACUGUCUGUACAGAGCUGUGUGUAAGGCCACGUUCGGUGACCAGGCAAGACACGCAGAACUGAGAGAGCAGACGGUCCACCACAUUGCAGACCACCUGGACGAGUUCAACCCCAUCAUAGAAGGAGAUGCAGGGGAGUUCCUGAUCAAUGCAGCGCAGGAUGGUGCCUGGGCCGGAUACCCUGAGCUCCUCGCCAUGAGCCAGAUGCUGAACGUCAACAUCCACCUGACGACAGGUGGGAGCCUGGAGAGCCCGACUGUUUCCACCAUGGUGCACUAUCUCGGAGAGGAGGAUGCGUCCAAACCUGCGAUUUGGCUGAGUUGGCUCAGCAACGGCCACUACGACGUCCUUCUGGACAACUCGCUCCCCAAUCCAGAGUACGAGGACUGGUGCAGGAACUCGCAGAUGCAAAGGAAACGGGAUGAAGAACUGGCAAAGUCGAUGGCGGCCUCUUUAUCUAAAAUGUACAUUGAGCAGAAUGGAUCUGCGUGAAAGAAAAACACUGUGUGAUGAAAAUAUAAAGGAUGUACACUGAUAGAGUAGAAGACAGAACCACUGACCUGCCUGGUUUCUACAUGCUUUAAAUUAUUUUUAUAAGAUUUAUACAUCAAGAGAAAGACGUGCAGUGCACAUAUGUUGUUUUUUAAUAGUACUGCUGCAUUAGUGGAAGAAAAGGUUUGAAAGUGUGUGAGUCUGAUCUUCUAAUAGUUUGGGUUAUGGUGAAAUGAUUGAAAACAUGCUGUUAAAUAUGUCUGAGCUUUUGAAUUGCCACUUUCCUCUUUUGUUUUACUACUUGUAUAGCUACUCUCUUUUGCACAGAAGUCCUAUCAGACGAGUCCAGAGAGUGUGUCUUUAAGUACAAGUCACUUUUUCUGUUAUUACAAUUCCAUAUAGGUGUUUUGACAAAGUAUUUUAGAAUAAAACUUGGAUUAAACAUGAUUCCUCACGU